AACCUCCGCGGGAAGAAGAACAAGACGACGAGAUACAUUUCUUUGCGUCUCUUAUUUUACAUGUCCCACCAAUAAAAAUUUCUAUAUCUAUAUAAGAACCCCCACUGAGUCAAUUUUCUUCUCUAAGAAAGUCCGCCAUUUUUUAUUUAGUUGAAGCUCUGAAACUGAAGGUUACUGAUUAAAUUAUGGCAUCAUCAGCUGUGAAUGAUGAAUCAAAAACAAGGAUAACAGCGAGAUCAUCAUUAAUAGAUUCGAUAAAAGGAUGUGGUAUAAAAGGAGUUAUAAUCGAUAAGGAAGAAUUAAAACAAAAGAUAUUAAUACCUAAAUAUCUUAGAGUUGCUAUGUGUGAAGCUAUUCAAUCCAAAAAUUCUAAUAUUGGGGCUCAGAAAUAUGAUCCUGAUGAUGAUGGUGAAAAUAAAGUCCCCGAAGCUCCUAUGGUUGUUUUUGUUAAUUCUAAAAGUGGUGGUAGAAAAGGUUCUGCUCUUAAACAAAGACUUCAGGAAUUAAUCAGUCAAGAACAGGUUUUUGAUCUCUCGGUUGUUAAGCCUCCUGAAUUUGUUCGUUACGGAUUAGCUUGCCUAGAGAGCUUAGCUAGUCAUGGUGACCACUGUGCAAAGGAGACUCGUGAUAAGUUGAGGAUCAUAGUUGCAGGAGGCGAUGGGACAGUGGGUUGGGUACUUGGGAGUCUUACAGAACUUUUUAGACAGAACAGGGAGCCAGUUCCUCCUACAGGAAUAAUUCCUCUCGGUACGGGCAAUGACCUUUCAAGGAGUUUUAGUUGGGGUGGUUCGUUUCCUUUUGCAUGGAAGUCAGCUGUCAAGCGAACUCUAAAUGAAGCUAUUACAGCUCGCAUCAGCCGUCUUGAUAGUUGGAAUGUCGUGGUAACUAUGCCAGCAGGGGAUACUGUAGAACUUCCUCAUUGUAUGAGCUACAAGGAAGAUUAUACUCAUGAUCAGGAUAUGGAGGGGUUGCCCGAAAAGACGUCUUGUUUCGAGGGUGUGUUUUAUAAUUACUUCAGUGUAGGAAUGGAUGCCCAAGUUGCUUAUGGAUUCCACCUUUUGCGUAAUGAGAAACCUUACUUGGCGCAAGGUCCAAUAGCAAAUAAGUUAAUCUACUCCUCGUAUAGUUGCACCCAGGGGUGGUUCUGCACCCCCUGUGUGAGUACCCCAAAUUUAAGGGGACUUAAAAACAUCUUAAGGCUGUAUAUUAAAAAGAUGAAUUGCUCAGAGUGGGAGCAGGUCCAAAUUCCUUCAAGUGUUAGGUCCAUUGUUUGUUUGAAUCUUCAUAACUAUGGAAGUGGAAGGAAUCCUUGGGGUAAGCUGAAACCCAAGUAUCUUGAAAAGAGAGGGUUUGUUGAGGCCCAUGCUGAUGAUGGACUCCUAGAAAUUUUUGGUCUAAAGGAAGGUUGGCAUGCAUCUUUCGUCAUGGUUGAACUAAUCUCAGCAAAGCACAUUGCGCAGGUACCACAAUGAAAGAAGAAAGAUUAUGGCAGCAGCUAUUAGAAUGGAGGUUAGAGGUGGAGAUUGGAAGAAAGGUUAUAUGCAGAUGGAUGGGGAACCGUGGAAGCAGCCUAUGCACGAAGAAUAUUCAACCUUUGUGGAUAUUGUUAGAGCUCCAUAUCAAUCAAGGAUGAUAACACAUGAGUGAAUUUGCUCUAGAUUGCCAGCAACUCGGAUAAGUGUAUCCCUAGAGAAGUGCAUUUUAGAGAUUGGUUUGCAUUCUUUGUAUAGCAUAUCAUUCAAUUUAGGGUAUGUAUUAUUAACGUCCGAGUCCUGACACUACUAGUCAAUAAAACAUUUGUGGACUUGCAAGUUUAAAACACUGGUUUUCACGAUGGCUAAA